AUGACUGGUCACAAGAUAAACCAUCGUUUGGUGGUCAUGACUGAUCUGUCAAAACAUUACGACAAGGACAGGUUUGUGGAUGAUUUGAAAGAAAUGAAAAAUACUGAGGUUACUACCAUCGAAAUAGAAAAAAUUGAUAAAGACAAACUUGAAUUUCCAGAUGAUUUUGAAUACAUCCAUCUUUUGGUUCAGUGCGAAGAAAAGAAAUGGGAUCAAUUGACUAAAUUUAUUGAUUUCCUCAAGAAGAACCCAAACUUGCUCACUGACAAAACAAGCGUUGGGUGCCAUAUUUUAUUCAAGAGCGAUAAAUGUUGGAAAGAUUAUUCUGCUGCUCAAGUAAAGCAGUACAAACAGUUUAUGUCAAGUCUUCAAGAAAUAUGUGGAAACAAAGUCACGCAUUUGUCCUUCAUCGACAAGUUUGACUUUGAGGAUGAUGACAAACCACAAGUAGAUGCAGAAAUCAAACUGGAUAUUGAACCUUGGGAGAAUUUGGAAAAGUUGGACUACAUCCAUUGCUGUGUUGAGGAGUUUCCAGAAAUCAAAUUCCCCAAAACAUUGGAAGCUUUGAAUAUCAAUGGUGAUUACUUUUUGAGUCUGUUGGAUAAUUUCAAAUUUCCCAAUAAGCUAAAAAGCUUUCAAGCUUCUUCAGGUGCACUUGCUUACAUAAAUAGAGUUUACUUCCCAAACGCACUCGAAACUUUGAUUCUUUCGGGAAACAAAAUGUAUGUAUUGGAUGGCAUUCUGUUCCCAAAAUCAUUGAUUAAUCUAGAUGUUUCAGAAAAUAGAAUUGACAGCUUGGCAGGCGCUAGAUGGCCACCGAAACUUGAAUCACUUAGCAUUGCUUGCAACCCUAUUGAAACUUUAAAGGGUGUUGUCUUUCCUCCUUCUUUGAAGAUCUUGGAUGCUGGGUCUAUUCCAAACGAUGCAAUGGUGGGGGUCAAAUUUCCCGAGCUGCUUGAAGUUUUGAAUCUCCAAUCGGCAAUGACGACUCCUCGUGGAUUGAAAGUGCCUCCAAAUGUGAAAACCUUGGUUUUGACAGGAGAUGGAGUUUCAAGUGUUAACUCGUUGAAAUUGCCAGAUGGAAUUGAAACUUUGUACUUGAAUGAGAACAAGAUCAAAACGUUGAAUAAAGUCCAAUUUCCAUCAAACUUAAAAGAGUUGUACUUGGGUGACAACCUUUUAACCACUUUGAAAAACGUUGUAUUUCCUGAUUCGUUGGAGACCCUUGACAUAGAGAAUGAACCAGGGUGUAUGUCUAGUGAAAAACAAAUUAUAACAUUGAAGGAUGUUAUUCUUCCACCAAAGUUGAAAGUUUUGAAACUUGGCUACCAGGGAAUUCGAAUUCUAGAAAAUUACGAAUUCCCCGAUAGCUUAACUUACUUGAGUUUACCUUACAAUGAUAUGAAAUCCAUAAGGAGUGUUAAAUUUGGUAACGAUUUAAAGAAACUCGACUUGAGUGGCAAUCCUGAGCUUUUAUCGCUUGAGAAUGUCAAGAUACCCGAGUCAGUCACGGAAUUGCGAAUUCCUGAAGAAAUGGUCCCCAAUUUGCCAGCUGAUAUUGUUGACAGAGCCAACAAGGGUAGUCUUGUUUUGAAAAAGAUUCAUACUGACCUUAGCGCUUAUGAUACUCCUAUUGACUUGGAGUCCAGUGGAAUCAUCACCAGUGAUGAGAUUUCAGGGAUUUUAGCGAAAAAGAAAGAGGAAAGAAUUGCUAGGUAUGAAAAAGCCGAAUAG